AUACUCUUCCUUAAAUAUCCAUCAACGCUUUCUUCUCUCUCCCCUCGAUCGCCAUUAAAGAAAGGAAUCUCGCUUCUUCUUCUGCUCGACCCUUUCUCACUCUUCCAAAUAUACCUGCAACUAUCGUUUUUUGUGAUUCUCAGACAUCUAAUCCAUGGCUACUUGAUGUGCAAUCACUUUGAUCUGUUUGAUUUCUGGAUAGGAGACCUUUUCGAUUGGAAGUAUAAUAACUACUAGCUUCGAUCGGUGACCGAAAGUUUUCUUCCGAUUUUUUUAAAUCAUACUGUUGAGGCAUGAUGAGUUCUCUUCAAGGUCCAGUUGUGUGCCCUUCUGUCCAUAGGAAGCAAGGAGAAUUUCAUGCAGUUCCUGCAGUUAAUGGGUCUUUAAAUAAGACUAAAAUUCUCAGAAGUGGGAUGUGGGGAUUUAGAGGUGUUUACAGCCAUCGGGUUCAUAUCCGUGAUCAACCAAGGUCGCAGACCGUUACAUGUACUUUUAGUUCAUCUUCAAAUGGCAAUGGUAGCAUGGCGGAGAGUUUUAAUGAGAAUGACUCGGAUUAUGUCAAUUCCAGUGUAGUUGAAGCUGUUGAGGUGAAGAGCGGCCCAGAGGGGUUUAUGAUUAAGAUGAGGGAUGGUAGGCAUCUAAGAUGUGCACAUAACAAUCCUCAAGGUGGUCAUCUGCCUGAUUAUGCUCCACAUCCUGCAAUUGUACUGAAGAUGGAAGAUGGGACUGGCCUUUUACUUCCAAUAAUUGUUUUGGAGAUGCCUAGUGUAUUACUCAUGGCGGCAAUUCGCAAUGUUCAAAUUGCUAGGCCAACUAUGUAUCAAGUGGUGCGGGAAAUGGUUGAUAAGAUGGGAUAUAAAGUCAAGCUUGUUCGAGUAACCAAGAGAAUACAUGAGGCAUAUUUUGCUCGGUUAUAUCUCACAAAGCUGGAUGAUGAAACCGAUUGUGUUAGCUUUGACCUUCGUCCAUCAGAUGCCAUCAAUAUUGCUGUGAGGUGCAAGGUGCCAAUACAGGUGAACAAGUUCUUGGCUUAUAGCGAUGGAAUGAAGGUUGUUGAAUCUGCAAAACCUUCAUUGUUGGGAUCCUCCUCAGAUGGUUUGAUAUUUAAAGAACUGGACAGACCAAGUGGGCAGCCAUGUGUGGAAACGAAGGAGUUUAAUCUUAUCCGGAACAUGCUUAUUGCUGCUGUGGAGGAACGCUACAGAGAUGCUGCACAAUGGAGGGAUAAACUGACUCAACUUCGAUCCAAACGGAACUGGGCCUAACAGGGGGAUGAAUCUGUACAUAAUUGAAGUGGGUUUCUCAAGUAAUUAGCAUUGUUAUUAUUAUUACAAUGGUGUUUGUUUAGUUAAGAAUAUGCAUUGUAAAUAUAUAUACAUGUGUUGUAAUAUGUAACUCUCUUGUUGAUGCAAAACUCUGCACAUUCGCAUGGUUCCAACAUCACCUUUAAGAAAGAAUCAAAAGACCAUAUUAUAUUUACUCGGUUUUUGUACU